GCAUCUCCGGAUCUUCAACAGUUCGACUUCCCUUCACCACCACCAGCUCCAACACCUCAACACCCACGCAAUUCGCGCCCAAAAACCCUCCCCGAAUAGCAGAAACCUGCCAGCAGAACCUGGCCGCCAUCCACAAUGGCUUCUGUCGACCCCUCCCUCCAAGAUCCCCUUCUCUCCCUUCGCCGUGCCAUCGCCGCCGGCAACCUUCCCACCCCGACCACCUCGUCCGAACUCUCGGACCAAAAUGCGACAGACGACCUAGCUAAGGCCUCGCAUCUCUACUUUGUGCACCCGAUUCCGCAGACUAUCGCGCUGACGGCGCCGACGCGUUUCGUCUCCGUCUCGUCGGACUCGGCGGUCGACCUCCGCAGUAUCUUCUUCGCCUGGCAGAAAAAGGAUGUCGCGAUUCCCGAGUACAUUGCGUCCGCGCAGGAGCUGAACGAGUCGCUCAAGCAGAAGGAGCACAAGGAAGGCGAGGCGGAGGAGAAGGUGCAGAAUUUGGUUUUCGUGGAGCGGUUGGAUCUCAUCACUUGGUUGGAGGGUGCCUCUGACGAGAGUGAAUAUAUUAAGCCGUUGGAGGGCGCUGCGGCAGCAGCUGCUGUCGCGGCUACUACUUCUCCGGCGGAGGCUUCGGCCAUCAUUGCCUCUGGGGCGACGGGUGGUGUUUCGUCUGUUCCUAGCGGUGCGGCGGGAGCUGCGGCGCCUGCCGCUGGGGCUCAGCAGGGGAAGGCUCCCAAGGUGAUUGAUCCUCGAUUGCAGGAGAUUUACAAUGGGGAGCGAAAGAUGGGAGAUCGGAAUAGUGUGCUACGGGGGAUUAAACCGACGGAUUUCUCGCAUGUUCGCAAAACGGCCGAGACGUUUUUGGGACGACAUCGCUCGCGGACCGGUCAAUAUCCUCCUGGCAGCAAACCGGGCAGCAAGCAGCCGCUGGUACCAGCGCCUUCGGCGGGACUUCCUGUGCCGAAGAAAUCCAGCUCGAAUAUCGAGCCGAUUAUCCUUCUGUCGCCCUCGGCAUCGUCACUGAUUCGGUUGUCGAAUGUCAAGUCGUUUUUGGAAGACGGUGUGUUUGUGCCGCCUGACCAUCCCACACUCAGCAACACGACCUCGUCGAAUAUCAUGAAGAUCGCGCGACCGAUGCGCGUCAACGGGGCAACUGCCUCGAGCGGCCGGGGCGUGGGCUCGCAGAACGCGGCGCGGAAGACGACCAAGUUCAUCCUGGUGGACAGCACGGCGAACUUCCGGCCCGACUACUGGCAACGGCUGGUCGCGGUGUUUACGACGGGUCAGACGUGGCAGUUCAAGUCGUACAAGUGGUCGUCACCGCCGGAACUAUUCAAGCACGCUACGGGAGUCUACGUAGGCUGGCGGGGGGAGGAAGCGCCUCGCGAAGUGAAAGGCUGGGGACGAGGCGUGCAGCGAUUUGCGGUGGAACGAUGGGACGAGAAGGGCGGAGUGCAAGGGGCAGGACGAUGGCGGGACCGGGAGGUGGUGGAGGGCAUUUGGACAGCUAUUGAAGAAGGAAUGAGGCUGAGGGGAUGGGGGAGUAAGUAAUCAUAAGGGGGAGGAUAUGUAAUCGCGUUGAUACCAGUUUCUAUCCUUGGGUAUCAACGGACAAUUGAAGUGUAGUCUUGUGGAUUUUUGCUGGGCGUGAAGGCGUUAGGUUACUAGAUUAUGGAUAUUGAACAUACAACAGAUGACUUACUGGACAGUGAGCAGAACUAGUAGAAGAAUAAUCUGAAACAUAACGGUCAUCCAACAGACUGCAAGUGGAGAGCGGAAGAAUUCUCCUUUUUUUUCCUGGCAGUCUAGAAUAAUCGAC